CGCCCCACAGAAGGAGGAGAGAUAUAAAAAUAGAGAUAUAAAAAUGAGUGUACAACUGAGACAGUUCAGUUUUAUCUUUUUACAGUGAACUGAGAGGACUUUGUGACUACGAUUCGAACCCAUCUGGCUCUGACUAUCUUCACUGUUCUUGACCCUGGACUUCCUCACUAUCUGAAAUAUUUCAGCAUCUCUUUGACCCCAGCCAUGCUCUCCUUUUCACCUGCACUCCCUCCCUUCCUGAGUCUCCUCCUCUUACUGUCACACCACUCACCUGUUCGCUCCUGUCGAACUGGGAGCGGCAGGAAAUGUGAGUCCGCUCCCUUCGUGCCGGGCUACGACCUGGCGGGGGAGGGCUUCGAUGUGGUCAGCCUGCAGCGAAAAGGAGCCUACAUGGUCGAUGUGAGGACCUACCUCACCCCAAGAGGCACCUGUACUCUCUGUCGCAACCCUCUGCAAGGCAACAUGCUGCAGAAACUGCCAGUGUCUGCAGUGGAUUGGCACGCGUUCAGCCGAUGCGAUGUUAAAAUUGAGCAAAGUGAACACAACACCGUCAGUUUGCUUAUUACGAAAUACACUUCUCAGGAGAGCAGCACCUGGGAGUCUGGCCUAGAUUUACAGGAGAAUGUGACGGCACACCUGACGCUGGGAGGAUCAUGCUCCUCUGCUUGUAAGUUUGCUACAGAAAGGAGCAAAGAGGACCGCUACACCUUCAGCCUACACAAAAUCACCUGCAGCCAUUACAGGAGUUACCGUGUGCCAACCAAACCAAUCCUCAGCACUGAGUUCAGCAGGGAUCUGGAUCUGCUGCCCACUAGCUACAGGCCCUACACCAAGGCCCAGUACAGACGGCUCAUAGAGACCUACGGCACACAUUAUAUCUACAAGGUUUAUCUUGGGGGCCGACUGAGGCGAGUCACAGCUGCACGCACCUGUUUGUCCUCCCUGAAUCGGUUCUCUUCGUUAGAGAUGAACGAAUGCUUAUCGAUGGGUAUCAGUGUAGGCCUGGGGAAGAUCAGUUUAUCCAGUCUCAGCAAGUCUUGCAGAGAAUUCCUCCAGAACCGGGACGUCACAACUUCGUACAGGUCGGGUCUCCACCAACACCACACAGAGGUGAUAGGAGGCAGAGGUUGGGUGGGGGAGUUUGCAAUCGAUCGUAACGACUCCCUGGGAUACCUGAAUUGGAUGAAAACUCUCAAGGAUCAUCCUGAUGUUGUUGAGUACUUCCUGAUACCGCUGCAUGAACUUGCACCAAAAAGGCCACAGCUGAAGCAGGCCAUUGAGGACUACAUAAAAGACAAUGGUGUAAGGAGGCCAAACAGCCAGAUGUCCUGCGGGAGCGGCAUCCCUAACCUGGAUUCCCAGUGCUGUCCUCAGCAGGCCUGGAGGGGAACACUGGUAGUGACCAACAUCCAAGGCUGGGGUCUGUGUGGAGAUUUUUUCAGCACGACUGAGGCGUAUGCUAAAGUGUACUACGGUGACAUCAGCCACACGACUAAUGUGAUCUAUUCAAAUGAUCCUAACUGGAAUGAACACUUGACAUUCGGCAAGGUGGACACAAACUUAUGGUUGACGGUCCAGAUCUGGGACCAGGAUGAGUUUUACGAUGACCUCUUGGGAUCAUGUUGGAUGGACCUGAGCCAGGGGACACAAAGCUUCACCUGCAAGGUGGAUGGAGGCGGCUUCGAGGUCCAGUACACUCUUACCUGUGACUAUCACCUGACUGGAGAGAAGUGUGACCAGUACAAACCAUCUCCAAUGUGAGAAAUGCAUUCUGGGUGUGAUAUUAGAUCUGAUUACUUUCUUUAAUUUCUCACCAAACAUAAAAAAAUAUAUAGUUUCACUGAAUAUAAUCAAAGAGCACAUGAAAUUGAAAAACUUAUAAAGAUAAAAAAAAAACAGGCUCCUGAUUUGUGUCUGUUUUACUAACAAUCUGAUUCAGUAGCUGAUCACUGUUAAACCAUUUAUUAUGAGACGAUUUAGGACUGAUAGUCGGUUUGUAUCCUGUUUUGAAUUUUUUGAAUUUAGUUCUGUCAAAUCCUUCUAAUGUCUACAGUAAGAACGACAUGUUUGUCUACUAAAACACGAACUCUUGUCUUCAAGUGUCUUCACGUACCGAAAAUAAAUAUUUUAGUUUGGAUUUUA